GGCAGCUGAAACCGGUUUGAGAGGAGGCUGUAGCGGGGCUCCGCGCUGCCAGCCGCCACCUAAGGGAGCGCUGGCGAGGCGCGGACGCUCGGCUUAGUCGGCCGCGGCCCAGGCUCACGGCGCGGCGCGGAGCGGCAGCAGAAAUUCUAAAAUAAAUCCAUCAGAAUGACAACCUUCUCAGGUCAACCUUUGAUAAGAGGAACUCUUUUUACCAGGAGAGGUUUUUGCAAUAUGCGGAAGCUGUGAUGCCCUGGGAAACUGGAAUCCUCAAAAUGCUGUGACUCUUCUUCCAGAGAACGAGACAGGAGAAAGUACAUUAUGGAAAGCAGUGAUUACUCUCAGUAGAGGAAUAUCAAUUCAGUACCGCUACUUCAGAGGGUGCUUUUUAGAACCAAAGAAAGUGAAAUCAUUAUUGACGAUGGACAAUUUGGAAUCCACAAUGGUGUUGAAACACUGGAUUCUGGAUGGCUCACAUGUCAGACUGAAAUUAGAUUACGUCUGCAUUAUUCUGAGAAGCCUCCUGUCUCAAUUACCAAGAAAAAAUUCAAAAAUCUAGAUUUAGGGUAAAGCUUACACUAGAGGGUCUGGAGGAAGAUGAUGAUGAUAAGGUGUCUCCCACUGUUCUUCACAAAAUGUCCAACAGCCUGGAGAUAUCCUUAAUAAGUGACAAUGAGUUCAAGUGCAGGCACUCACAGCCAGAGUGUGGGUAUGGCUUACAGCCUGAUCGCUGGACUGAGUACAGCAUACAGACAAUGGAGCCCGAUAAUCUGGAACUAAUCUUUGACUUUUUUGAGGAAGAUCUCAGUGAGCAUGUAGUUCAGGGUGAUGCUCUUCCUGGUCAUGUGGGCACAGCAUGCCUGCUGUCGUCUACCAUUGCUGAGAGUGAGAAGAGUGCUGGAGUCCUUACUCUCCCCAUCAUGAGCAGAAUUUCCAGAAAAACUAUAGGCAAAGUCAGAGUUGAUUUUAUCAUCAUCAAGCCAUUACCAGGAUACAGUUGUUCUAUGCAGUCUUCAUUUUCCAAAUAUUGGAAGCCCAGAAUACCACUGGAUGUUGGACAUCGUGGUGCAGGGAACUCAACAACAACUGCCCAGCUGGCUAAAGUACAGGAAAAUACUAUCGCUUCUUUAAGAAAUGCUGCCAGUCAUGGUGCAGCAUUUGUAGAAUUUGAUGUUCACCUUUCAAAGGACUUUGUGCCUGUGGUAUAUCAUGAUCUCACCUGCUGUUUGACUAUGAAAAAGAAAUUUGAAGCUGAUCGAGUUGAAUUGUUUGAAAUUCCAGUAAAAGAAUUAACAUUUGACCAGCUCCAGUUAUUGAAGCUUUCUCAUGUGACUGCACUAAAAGCCAAAGAUCGGAAACAAAGUCUGGUUGAGGAAGAAAAUUUCCUUUCUGAAAAUCAGCCAUUUCCUUCUCUUAAGAUGGUUUUAGAAUCAUUGCCAGAAGAUGUAGGAUUUAAUAUAGAAAUAAAAUGGAUUUGCCAACACAGGGAUGGAGUAUGGGAUGGCAACUUAUCAUCAUAUUUUGACAUGAAUCUGUUUUUGGAUAUAAUUUUAAAAACUGUUUUAGAAAAUUCUGGGAAGAGGAGAAUAAUAUUUUCUUCGUUUGAUGCAGAUAUUUGUACAAUGGUUCGGCAAAAGCAAAAUAAAUAUCCCAUAUUAUUUUUGACCCAAGGAAAAUCUGAUAUUUACCCUGAACUCAUGGACCUCAGAUCUAGGACAACACCCAUUGCUAUGAGCUUUGCACAGUUUGAAAAUAUUUUGGGGAUUAAUGCCCAUACUGAAGAUCUGCUUAGAAACCCAUCUUAUAUCCAAGAGGCAAAAGCUAAGGGAUUGGUCAUUUUCUGCUGGGGUGAUGAUACCAAUGAUCCUGAAAACAGAAGGAAACUGAAGGAAUUUGGAGUAAAUGGUCUAAUAUAUGAUAGGAUAUACGAUUGGAUGCCUGAACAGCCAAAUAUAUUCCAAGUGGAGCAGUUGGAACGCUUGAAGCAAGAAUUGCCAGAGCUUAAGAACUGUCUGUGUCCCGGUGUUGGCCACUUUGUCUCUGCUUCUUUCUGUGGGGAGCCCGGUAUCCAUGUAGAUGCCAAUGGUAUUGACAAUGUGGAGACCUCUUAGUUUGUAGUGCACAGAGGACGUUUGGGGGCAUGCGUCACUGUUCUGAUGCUCAGUUUCAUCCUUGAACACUGCUUCUCUGCCGUUUAGGUUCUCAGUCCAAUGAAGCAAUAAUGAAGUAUUUUACUAUUUCAUUACAGUUCCUGCAAGAAUAUCAAGUAUACUAUUUGUCACUUGGCCAGGUAUAAUUACUAAUCAGUCUAUACAAUGAGAAAAAUCUACUGUUAAAUAUUUUCAAUUGGGUAUCUAAGCCUAUAAUGUUGAAUCUUCAUUAAAAGCAUAAUACUUGGAAAUUAAUUAUAUAAAUAUCUGAUAUUUAAAGUUCAGGCUUUUCAUUUGAUUAGGUCUUAAAUCUUCAGUGCUUGAGAAAAAUGACUGCAUAAUUAUACCUGACCAUGAAAAAAUAAGUACCUCAAAAUGCAUGUAUUUGCACUGGUGACUCCAGCUGUACAGAUCUUUGUCAUCUGUGUACAUAGGUGUCUUACAUGCACCAUUUCCAUUCAGUCUAAACCUCAGACUGCUGCCAUUUCCCCACUGACCCAAGCCAGCCUGCAGAUGAACCAUGAAACUUGUUUUAUAAACCUUCCAAAACCGUUUUGCAUAAAUGUUAAAAUUCCAGAAUGCUGCAGGGUAACUUAAUGUAUAAAAUGUUAGUAAGAAGUAUAUAUUGCAUACAUAAUAGUAUAGAUCACAAUAUAUAAAUUUGACUCAAUGCAUGCUUUAGGUUUUAAGCAUGAGACUGUACAUGUUUACUGUUAAGUCCUUGCAUCUGGUGCUAGGUGAGUGAGAAGAUGUCAAGGACUGAAUAUUUUGUCGCUAAAAAACAAAGUCUGUUUGUAGACAUUUUGAAUAUGCUUAUUUAGUGUCUCACUACCUAGUACACGUAACUGCUGUGUGAGUGUUACACAGUAGUUAAAUCCCCAUGCAGAAAAUAAAUGUCCUGAAUUCUCAAAUUGGUAUUCUUUAUUGUUAAUAUAUAUCAUGUAUGUAAUUUAUUUAGGAAUGUCGAAGAUCUUACUGUUGUAUAAAUGCAUGUUUUUAGGCUUAUACUAAAAUUUCUUCAUUAGAAGCAGAUUGUAUUGGUAAAACUGUAACUUCAGAAUGAAUGUUAAAUAAAAUGACAGAUUUAUUAUUUUUUUCUUUAUCUUAA